AAAACCUCUGGGCAAAUGAAGGGAUUCGAUCUGUUGCACAACAUCCAACACGCCCCAGCCACAUGCAAAUAAAUGAUGUGGUUGCUCUGCUGCAUGCCAGCCUCCCUCCUGUGAAUAAAGGAGGUGCCUGUUUGUACUUUUGAUCAGAAAUGAAACUUAGCACAGGGAGGAAGUCCACAGGGAAGAACACCGACUCUCACUAGGAGAGAGUCGGCAUAGGAACCUGUGAGCAGAGGGAACGCUCCGCAACCUGAAGACAUGGCCGCCGUCUCUGUUCCAAACAGUGACUCCACGCUGGAGAGGAAUCUAGCCUGCUCCAUCUGCAUGGAUAUAUUUACCGAUCCGGUCACGACGCCUUGUGGUCACUCUUUCUGCAGGAAGUGCCUAGAGCUCAGCAUCUCCCCGUAUCGGGUCAACGACAUGUGUCCACUUUGCAAAAAACAUCUCAACAAACCUCCAGGCGUUAACAUUGUGCUAAGAGACAUCGCCACGCAGAUAAAAAACACGAUCAGCAACAGGAGUUCGGGGGCGCCCGGGGAGGUACCGUGCGACGUCUGCAAGGAACCGAAGCAGAAGGCGACAAAGUCCUGCCUUGUGUGUCUCGCCUCGUAUUGCCCAGACCACUUGGAGAACCAUUCAAACCCAAGGCUGAAGGGCCACAAGCUGGUGGAACCAGUGGAGAACUUGGAUGAAAGGGCCUGCCUAGUCCACGGACGCCCGCUUGAGCUGUACAGCAGGAAUCAACGGAGGAGCAUCUGUGUUCGAUGUAUGGAAGGAGGUCAGGAUGAAGUGGUCUCCACGGAAGAAGAAUGGCUCAAGAAGAAGACUGAACUUGAGAACACCAAGAAGGACUUAGAAGACAGAAUUGGAAUAAGAAGAAUGAAGAUGGAUGAGAUAAACGAAGCUUUCAGGGAUUGCAAGGACCUGAUUGAAAACGAGUGGUGGGAUAUCGAAGCGGUUUUCACAGCGCUGAUUGCCAUUGUGGAGGCAGCCCAGAAGAAUGCUCUUAUGCCACUACAGAGCAGAAGGGAGGCGAUGGAAAACGAAGCAAAAAAACUGAAAGAUGAGCUGGAAGACGAAAUCAACAAAAUUAAGAAAACCAUCUCAGAACUAGACGAUAUCUCAUCACUGGAAGAUCACAUACUUUUCUUACAGAAAUACCCGUCUCUGUCGGUUCAGGAUGACAUGACUGACUGGACGGAUGUUGAACUUGACACCACCCUCUCUUUUGGCUCCAUGAGAGAAACUACAACAGCUAUGGUUAAAAAGAUUCAGCAGGAGCUGGAGAAGCUGGACUCCACUGAACUCAAAAGACUUCCAACGUUUUCUGUGAACGUGAAGCUGGACCCAGAGACCGCACACCAACGCCUCGUAGUUUCACCUGAUGGGAAGAAAGUACAAGACGGAGGAGAAAACCAGGAAGUAGCUGACUCACCGGAGAGGUUUGACGUGUUAGGUAGUGUACUGGGAUUCAACAGCUUGAGUACUGGGAAGGCUUACUGGGAGGUGGAGGUCAACAACAAGAGCGGAUGGGAUCUAGGUGUAACCAGAGGCAGCGCCAACCGUAGAGGGAGACUGACGCUGAGUCCAGAUAAUGGUUACUGGGUUCUGGUACAUUAUGAAGCGGAGAACUACGCCGCCAUGACAACACCACCCAGCCGUGUCUCCCUGGAUGAGAAACCCAGUAAGGUCGGGGUGUUUGUGGACCAAGAGGAAGGUUUGGUCUCUUUUUACGAUGUGACAGCCCGGUCCCAUAUUUACUCUUUCACUGAGUGUUCAUUCAGAGAUGAGAUCUACCCGUAUUUCAGCCCACACUAUAAACAGGGUGAGAUGAACUCUGAAGCUCUGGUUAUUUCCACUGGAAAUUGGUUACUGGGUUCUGGUACAUUAUGAAGCGGAGAACUACGCCGCCAUGACAACACCACCCAGCCGUGUCUCCCUUUAUGGGAAACCUGAUAAAGUCGGAGUGUUUGUGGACUACGAAGAAGGUCUCCUGUCCUUCUAUGAUGUUACAAUGAAGACUCACAUCUACUCGUUCACCGAGUGUUUGUUCAACGGCGAGCUCCACCCGUAUUUCAGCCCACAUGUGAAACAGGAAGGGAUGAACUCUGAGGCUAUGGUUAUUUCCACUGGAAAUUACUUUCAAUUUGAUGAAGAAUAAAAGCGUUGGGCUUCCAUUUGUGUUUAACAAUUCCAGUGGAUGAGAAUGACUUCAAAACUUGGAUUUGUUCAGCAGAAAACUGGAGGAAGAAAGCAUAAUAAAUUGCCACAAAGAAAGCAAUGGGGAUUUUUUUUCUUUCAAAUUAAGCAAGAAUUAUUUACCCUUACACUUAAAACCACUUACAUGUUUCAAGUUUUCAAUAAAACCGGCUAGCCACUAAAACAAUUUUUAAAUGAGGACAGACAUGCUAACUAGCCAGAUGGUAACUAGCUUAUGCUAAACCACGCCUACUUUCAUCCUUUCCUACUCAACACAAACCAUUGUUAGCUCUUGUGUGUAAACCACUGGGAGUAAUUGGAUGUACUUUUGUUUUGUUGUUUUGUAACUAAACGUUUUUAAUCUGAAAAAUACAAAAAUAAAUGUAUUAAAACUAACAGAUUCAAUACAGCUUUAAAGGACAUUUGCUGAAACUUGGUUGUGAUAUUAUGCAAGUUAAAUAGUUGUAAUGAUGUAAUAACAGAUUGUAAUCACUAAUAAAAGUAAAAUCCCUUCCUGCAUUUCAUUUCGAUUUAAAACACUGUAUCUUUACAGUAGAGCUGGGCGGCUCGCCCCAAAUUUUUGAUAUUAUCGAUAUCAAGUCAGUAUCAGUAUCGUAUCGACACUAGCAAUCGAUACUUUAGCUUCAGAUUCCUCUUUGAAAUUUGUUUCAUUUUUGGUUUCUUUAUUGUCUGAUGAUAAAUGAAACUUAAAUAUUAAAAUGUAUCAAUAUUGGUGAUACUGACCUUGUAUGUACUUGGCAUGAGAUCGAUAUCUAAUAUGCAGUACCUCAUACUGCAUAUCCUUGCCAAUUUCCACCAAAAGACUCAGAAAUAUUGAGAUCAAUCUCAGAAAUUUUCUAGAAAAAACAGAAAUAAAGCACAUUUCUGAAUGUUGAAUGUCAACCAUUUUUAUGUUUUUCUACAACAUGUCUAGAAAAACAGAAAUGUACUCCUCUGUUUUUCCCUUUCUACAACUCCCAAUCUACACGUUGUUGUAGAAAGGAAACGACCAGCAUCAAGCUCUGACUGCUCUGUAAGUGAAUCUAGUCAUACAAGUUAUAUAUCUGGCAUUUUUUGAGUCAAAUAAAGCUUGGAGUCAUGUGGUGGUAAUUGCCGUUAGAUCGUCUCCUGCAGGUUAUUGUCAGCAAACGUUUAAUUUGAAUCUGUAUUUCUAAUACAGUGUAAAAUUCAUGGAAUCCAUAUCUUUUCCGUUUUCACUCCACCUUGGUAAGUUGGUAGCUCUACAUUUUCCUUCAAUAUUGCUGUGUUUACAUGACAU